CACGGGUGGUCUCUUCUUUUCCGCCCAGCAUAGCAUUGAUUGAUGCGAUUGUCCGCAACAGAAAUCCCUCCUCCAUCUCCUCUACGUCGGCUAUUGAACCCCGCAGGUCUCCAGUUCUCCAGUGGAUAAAUCCUCCAGACGCCCACCUUGUUUCUGAGCUCUCCUUUCUCUUUCUUUUGUUCAAUCCUCUCAUUCUCUAACAUCCAAGUCCUCAUCCCUUUUUCUCUUCCUUCACAAAAAUGGCUCCUCCUGCUGUGUUGAUGGUAGGAACAGGCGAGUACACCACCGGCUACGUCGGUGGUGCCGCCUCGACUUCCGACAAGAAAGUCGGCGUGGUAGGCCUGACGCUAUUCGACCUGCGCCGCCGGGGCAAAGUGGGCGACCUCAGCAUGGUUGGAGUAUCAGGCCAUAAAUUCCCAGGCAUCCGCGAGCACCUGCACCGCAACAUCUCGCAAGUCUACAAUAACCUGGACACCAGCUUCACGUCGUUCCCCGCGGACGGGACCAGCGACCCGGAAGCGUACAAGGCGGCGAUCGACGCGCUGCCGGCGGGGUCAGCGAUCACGAUCUUCACGCCGGACCCGACGCACUACCCGAUCGCGCUGUACGCGAUCCAGCGGCGGAUCCACGUGCUGAUCACGAAGCCGGCAACGCAGCUGCUGCGCGACCACCUGGACCUGCUGGCGGAGAGCCGCAAGCACGGGGUGCUGGUGUUCAUUGAGCACCACAAGCGGUUCGACCCGGCAUACAGCGACGCGCGGGCCAAGGCGGCGCGGCUGGGCGACUUCAACUACUUCUACAGCUACAUGAGCCAGCCCAAGUCGCAGCUGGAGACCUUCAAGGCCUGGGCCGGCAAGGACUCCGACAUCUCCUACUACCUCAACUCCCACCACAUCGACAUCAACGAGAGCAUGGUCCCGGACUACCAGCCCGUCAAGGUCACCGCCAGCGCCUCCACCGGCACCGCCACCGAGCUCGGCUGCGUCAACCAGACCGAGGACACCAUCACCUUGCUCGUCGACUGGCGCAAGAAGGACGGCAGCGGCCGCAUGGCCACCGGCGUGUAUACCGCCAGCUGGACCGCGCCCCAGAAGGCUGGCGUGCACUCCAACCAGUACUUCCACUACAUGGGCUCCAAGGGCGAAGUCCGCGUGAACCAAGCCAAGCGCGGCUACGACGUCACAGAAGACGAGCAGGGCUUGGUCUGGGUGAACCCCUUCUAUAUGAAGUACGCCCCGGACGAGGAAGGGAACUUCGGCGGUCAGACAGGGUACGGCUACAUCAGCUUCGAGAAGUUCAUCGAUGCCGUCAACGCUCUAAACGAGGGUCGCGUCACUCUGGACCAGCUGGACGCCCGACCCCUCCCCACGCUAAAGAACACCAUUGCCACGACGGCGAUCCUGCAUGCCGGCCGUGUCUCCUUGGAUGAGAAGCGGUCGGUCGAGAUAGUCAGUGUCGAUGGCCAGUGGGAGUUGAAGUGAGACCUUUUCUUCGUCUUACGUCGACGAACGACGAACGACGAACGACGAUGCAGGGACCAGUGUAUAUAGCGCAUGUGUUUUGUAACGAAUUG